GAGGAGUUGCACGCAGCCGUCGUCGCGGGGCGUUUGGCUGCUUCCGGGCUGGGGGAGCGCGAAGCCGGCUGUUAUUCACGCGAAGCCGCCCGCGAUGUAUCACAGCAGCACUCAGAGGCGACGCUGGACUUUCCGCAGCGAAGAGGAGUUGAGCCGGCGCCGGGCCGACGCCAACCGCAAGUUCCGCUGCAAAGCGGUGGCCAAUGGCAAGGUCCAACAGACCGACCCGUUUCUUCUGGAGCCGCGCGACGAGCUGACAAUUUGCAAAUACUACGAGAAAAGGUUAUUGGAUUUCUGCUCUGUAUUCAAGCCGACAAUGCCCAGAUCUGUGGUGGGAUCGGCCUGUAUGUACUUCAAACGUUUUUACCUCAAUAACUCAGUGAUGGAGUAUCAUCCUCGCAUAAUUAUGUUGACGUGUGCAUUCUUGGCAUGUAAAGUUGAUGAAUUUAAUGUGUCUAGUGCACAGUUUGUUGGUAAUCUUCGUGAAAGCCCAGUUGGACAGGAAAAGGCUCUGGAACAGAUCUUGGAAUAUGAAUUGUUACUUAUUCAGCAACUGAACUUCCAUCUUAUAGUGCACAACCCUUACAGACCAUUUGAAGGCUUCUUGAUUGAUCUGAAGACUCGUUAUCCAUUGCUUGAGAAUCCUGAGACAUUGAGGAAGACAGCAGAUGACUUCCUCAAUCGGGUCGCUUUGACAGAUGCUUGCCUUCUCUAUACACCUUCUCAGAUAGCUCUCACUGCCAUCUUGUCCAGUGCAUCUAGGGCAGGAAUUAAUAUGGAAAGUUACUUGUCAGAAAGCCUAAUGCUGAAAGAGAACAAAGCUUCCCUCUCUCAGUUACUGGAUGGGAUGAAAUGCAUGAAAAAUUUGGUUAAAAAAUAUGAACUACCACAUCCAGAAGAGGUUGGUGUUCUAAAACAGAAGUUAGAGAAAUGUCACAGCCCAGAACUUGCUCUUAAUACUAAUGUAAAGAAGAGAAAAGGCUAUGAAGAGGAUGAAUACAUUACAAAGAAAUCCAAAAUGGAGGAUGAAUGGACAGAUGAGGAUUUCAUAGAUUGACUUUACAGUUUACAGUUGAAAUUCUGAAUACUUAAAAUGGAAUGUAGAGCCUGAGAACAUGUUGCAGAACUUCCUCCUUGCUGUGAAAAAUAAGAUAUUGCUAAUGUAAUAAAUAGUUACUUUUCAAAGUGA